AUGUCUCCACAAAAUUUUUUGAUUUUGGGAGGAGGCAUAUCAGGUUUAACCGCAGCAUGGUAUUUAGCACAGAAUGCUCCAUUGACAACAAAAAUUACUAUCUUAGAAGCUUCUAAAAGGUUUGGAGGAUGGAUAGAAAGUACACGUAUUGGUAAAGAUAAAAUACUUUUUGAGCAAGGUCCAAGAACUUUAAGACCUUUCGGGUUAGGUGGACUUGUGGUUUUGGAUAUGGCAAAUAAAUUGAAUUUAAGAGAAUCCAUUCAUGCAAUUCCAAAGAAUUCCCCAGCAGCACAAAAUCGAUAUAUAUUCUACCCGGAUAAACUUGUAAAAUUACCAGGUUCUAAUUUCUUUUCAGGAAUGAAACCAAUUUUAAGUACCAGAUUUUUAUUGGAAUCAAUACCUGCCAUCAUACGAGAACCAUUUGUCGAAAAAUGUUUAGAGGAAGAUGAAAGUAUUCACAGUUUUAUAACCAGACGAUUAAAUGAAAAAAUAGCUAAUAUAUUAAUAAGUGCAAUUGUACAUGGUAUCUAUGCGGGAGAUAUAAAAAAACUUUCAAUAAAAUCAACAUUUACAAAUUUAUAUAAAAUGGAAAAAUUAUAUGGAUCAAUAUUGAAGGGAUCAUUUAGUAAAAAUUCAUUUUUAUCCACCAAGGAUUUAAAUUGGAUUCAAGAUAUAAAUAGAGAUAAUAAAGAUUUAAUGAAUACUAUAAAAAAUUCAAGUCUUUAUUCUUUUAAAGAUGGAAUUGAACAAUUAGUAUUGGCACUUGUAGAAGAUUUAAAAACUAGAUCAAACGUGGAACUCAAGACUUUAACUAAUGUCAAAGAAUUAAAAUUUAAGGAGGAAGAGAAUGAAAUUGAGAUAAUAACAAAUAAUGGAAAUUUCAAAGGGGAUCACGUUAUAAGCACUAUUCCAGCGUAUGAAUUGAAAAAACUAAUUCCUGUAUUACCUCAUCUUGAAUAUAAUCCUUUUGUUACAGUGGGAGUUGUUAAUAUUGCUUAUAAUCGACCAAAUUUAUUACCCGUAAAAGGAUUUGGAGUUUUGAUUCCUCAAGUAACCCCAAAUAAUCCUUAUCACGUUCUUGGAAUUGUAUUUGAUUCAGAUGCUAUGCCACUUCAAGAUUAUCCAAAAACCGAUUAUACAAAAGUAACUUUAAUGCUUGGAGGUCAUUAUUAUUAUAAUUCAUUACGAAAAGAAGGAGGAGAAGAAGAAUUAUUAUUUAAUGAGGAACAAUUAUUAAAUCAUUCAUUGCAAACAUUAGAAAAUGUAUUAGGAAUUUAUGCCACCCCAGUAGAAUAUCAGGUAAAAUUACAAAGAAAAUGUAUUCCCCAAUAUUAUGUCGGUCAUCAUUCAAGAAUUCGGGAAUUACAUAAUGUCAUUAAGAAAGAGUUUAAGAAUAGAUUAAGCGUUGGUGGAUCUAGUUAUUUAGGUGUAAGCAUAAAUGAUUGUGUGGUUAAUUCAGCUAAAUUAGCUUUAAAUUUACUUGAUCCUAAACAAGAAAUGAUUAUCACUGGAUUAGAAGACGUAGAAAAUGUAUGA